CCCCCCCCCCCCUCUCUUCGCCCUCUGAACUCCCGUGCCUGGCGCCCUGUGCGCGCAUUCCCCCCCUCGACUCGACAACGAGAUGGCACGGCGACUCUCCACUGUCAGUCAGCCUGUCUACCAGGAGAAGGGCGAUGUUGUUAUUCCCUUUGAUCGCUCCAACAUCCUCAAGUCCGGCGUCAUGGUCAAGCAGGGUGGAGGCCACCGCGACGCCAACUCCAGCUCCAUGAUCCGCGCUCUCGUCAAGAAGUCAUGGAAGAAGCGCUACUUCCAGUUUGAUGGCAACUUCCUGGUGUACUAUCGGUCUGGCACCGACACCAAGGCCGUCGGCUUCUUCGAUCUGAGCUCUUCCUAUCGUGUCUUGGAUGGCGAUGCCAAGCACGGGAUGACCAAUUGCUUCGAAAUCGACACCGGCACCAAUGUCUUUGUCCUGCAGACGCUCUCGUCUCAGGAUAAGAUCGAUUGGAUGACGCUGCUCAUCCACUCGGAGGCCGACCGCAAAACCAUGCAGGCCUAUUCCGAGCGCACGCGCAAGGACUCCCUGGUGGUGGACGACGCCGCCUCGGCGGUGCUGCCUUCCUCGGCCUCGUCGAUAUCCCUGGCGAGCAUGGGGGCCUCAUCGCCGGCCGGCCCCGGGAGUCACUCCCGCACGGCCUCGGCCAUGACUUCGCGCUCCAGCUUCGACCACUCGGACAAUUCCGACUCCGGGUCGAUCCUGCUGGCCUCCGACUCGGCUUCCAUCUACUCGGUCUCCGCGGCGCCGGCCAUGUCACUGAUUCUGGCUGAAUCGACGCUCAUCUCCCAGCUGUACAAGACCGGUGGAAGCACUCACAAGUACAAGCUCUGGCGCCGGCGUUGGUUUGCCCUCUAUCGCCAGAGUGUGUAUUACUUCAAAAAGCUCGACUCUGCCUCCCCGUCGGGAGUCAUCCACCUUGAGCAGUAUUCCGCUGUGCGGGAAGUCCCCGCUAGCCAGGGCAACGGCCCGGCUGGUGCCUUCUACUUUGACAUCAUCCUCCCGAAGCGCGUGUACCACUGCUACGCCGACACGGCCGAGGACCGCGCCCGAUGGAUCGAGGCCAUCAGUCGCGCCAUUUCUCAGGCUAUCAGCUCCAGCCUCGGCUCGACUGGGUCUCGGGGAGCAGGUUCCCCGCUGGCCCGAGGCUCGGUCAUCGUGUCGUCCGAAUGCCCGGAGCCUGUGCAGCUGCCCCCGGCCGCCGCCCCGGCGGACCUGCUGGCCACCGGCUCCACCGGUAGCCUCGACCCUCUGGAAGGGGGCGUCGAUGAGGACUGCGAAACCCGCUCGGAGCUCUCCGCCACCACCGACUCCGAACCCGAGCACGCAUCCGAAUCCCAGAUCGCGUCCGAUUCCGACUCCGACUCCGACUCCGACUCUGACUUUGACUCCGACAGCGAGUCCGACCCCGGGCCCGAGGCCGACCUGGGCGGCCUCGGCGAGGCAGAGCCUGGUGCCAUGCCACCCUGUUUGCCCCCUGCCCCGGUGGCCAUGGCCCCGUCAGCCCAGCCGCCAGAUGUGCCUCCCGCUGCCGCCAUCCCGCUGCCGGCGCCAUUGCUACCGGCGCCACUGGUCGCGGAGAUGCCUGUUUCCGAAUCGCGUCCUCUCUCGGAGGUGGGCGCCUCCUGCAUGGGAGUGGCCCCGGCCGAGGGAUUGUCACCCAAGCACGCUCUUCCCCCGCCUCUGGAGACGGCCCCCGGCCCGGCGUCUUCCCUGUCAUCUCCUCCCCCGCCGGCACUGGCCCCCGCCUCUCUCCCUUCAUCUCUCGGGCCUGAGUCGACAACUGGACCUCUGCCAGCAGGCGCGAGUGCCGCGCCCCUGGCCCAGAACACCCUGCCGUCGGCCACCCCGGCCACCCCCCCUCCAUCGACCAUGCAACUCGUCAAGGAUCAUGAGCAACUCUCUCGGACCCUCUCUUCCCGGAGGCCGACGCCCCGCCGUUCCAACACGGCUGCCCGGCCGGCCCUUUUCCAAAGCACCCCCAAUGAGCAGGAGGCCGGCUUCCAGCUCCCCUACUCCCGGUCAUGUCCCUGCUGCCGGUCAGGGGCGCCGUGCACCGCCUGCAUCGAGGUGAGCCCCUUCGCCCAGCGUGGGAGCUUCCGCCUGGACUCCGGAGCCAGCAUGCUGGCUGACCCCUCGCUUCCCGGGGAGUCAUGUCCGUCGUGCAUGCAAUCGGCAGCCGCCGUCGCCGCUGCCGUUGCCGCCGCCACCACCAGUGGCAGUGCCCUUUCGGGUGGGUGUCUUUCCGAUCACUCGGGGACACUGAUGCCGGACCUUCACACCCCGGAUCCGCCGGAGGCCAAUGGCCUAUCCUCGGGGGUCUACACCGGCCCCGCCUCGUUGGACGAAUGCCUGAUGGCCCCGAGCACCUUCCCCAGUGAAUGCGACCUCCCGACGGAAUUCUCCCCCUCCAUCCGGGCCACCAGGCGGCCAAAUUCCUCCACCGCCGCCGAGGACAAGCGCCACACUGUGGCCGCCAUCACGGCCACCCUCUUCCGGCAGGACUGUCCGGCUUCCAAGCUGAUGAAGCGCUACUCGCAGCUCCUGGGCAAGGACUACCUCCGGAGCGUGCUGCGAGUGCCGGUGCUGACCAUUUGCAACGGCCCCCCUAUCGAGAUCGACCCCGCGCGCUUGCGGCCUGGAAUGUGUCUACGUGCGGGACAGGCGCGGCUGGAGUCCGCCUGCAUGUCGCUCCUGUCGGCCAUCUUCUCCUCGCGGCUCAUGAUGCCCGGGGAAAUCCAGCGUCUGUGCUUCUCGCUCUUUUCGGCGGCCGAGCGGCAGUUCGACCUGACCACCGCACUGCAAGCCCUCGGCGGGUAUCUCUUCUUGCGCUUCUUCUGCCCGGCCAUCGUGCAGCCCCAGUCGCAUGGGAUUUGCCAGGCGUCCGAGUGCUCAAGCCCCGGGGCCCUGCGCAGCUUGGUCCUCGUCACCAAGGUCCUCCAGAACCUGGCCAACAAUGUGGACUUCGGUCACAAGGAGGCCUUCAUGACGCCGACCAAUACCUUCCUGGCGCAAAUGCGCCUGCAUUUGGUGGAGUACCUGGUUAGCUUUGCCGAUGGCGCGUCCUUCCGAGCGGAGGCCUUGGCGGCGGUGCGCCCCGGCCCGGCCGGCUCGCGCCCUGGCACCAUGCUCUCCGGGGUGCUGGAUAUCCCGGCGUCCGAUUUGCCCAGCCCGCUGAGUGAUGCGCCCGACUCGCCGACGCCCGAUUUCGGAGAUGGCACUCUGUCGAAUUCCGGCCCCGGCCUCGGGCUGGAUCUCGGGCCCGGUUCCGGGGCCGGGGUCAAUCUCGACACCGGCCACACCGGCAGCUGUGGCAACGGUCGCACGAGCCUUUCGGCUCCUCGGUCAGCCGGGCCGCCCCUGGUGGCGGCGGCUGGCCGCAUGUCCUCUUCGCCAUCCGGAGGCAGCCCCCUCGGUCGGACGGCCAGCUUGCCAUCGGUCGUUCCGCCGGAGGAUCAGGCCUCGGGCGGGCCGCUCGGCGGGUCGGCCUCCUGGACGGUAUCCUGCCACGAUGGCAGCCCCUGUGGCGGGUGCAUCUCGCCCGGGGUGUCGGUUCACGGGCAGCCAUGGGACUCGGCGGCCGCCUUCGCCCAUAUGUCUCAAGCCGGGCUCUUCGGCGUGCCGGCCGGCUUCCCGACAACCCCUUCGGACCUGAACCUGGCGGAGGCCGUGUCGCCGAAGCUCUUCACGGCGUACAUCAGCCCGCCCACGCGGCUGGCCGAGUGUGCGGUUCUCCUGGCCAAGAAGUGCAACCAGGCCCUCGAGCGGGAUACCCUUCUCCGGUCGCAAAUCAGCCCGACCGCCAUCGGCCGGGUGGUGGAUAUCCUGGCCCGGGCGCCGCUCCUGCCGGAGCGCCUCUUCGGGCUGUUUGUCCGGUCCGGGCGGUUCUUCGUGCAGGCGGUCUGUUCGACGUGCAGCUCCUCCGAGCUGGAUGCCCUGAUGGAUGCCCUCAUUUGUGCCUUUUCCCAUGGCUCGGCCGAUUCGGACAUUUCCUCCGAGACCUCCGCCAGUCAGUAUGGCUUGGCGGUGGGGCCGGCCGGCGGGGCCACCGGCACUGGCCCGGCCACCCGGCCGGCCCCGGCCCGCCAGACCUUCCAGCUGCUGGACUGGUUCCUGACCGACGAGCUUCAGAGCUCGCGCAUCUUCGCCCGGCGGUAUGACGUCCCCAGCGUCCUGUCGUCCAUCUCGCUGGCCAUCGUCUACCCGCACCUGCCAUUGAAUGCCUUGCGUGCCGGGCUGCUGGUCAAGGCCGGUGGCUCGAUCAAGACAUAUCGCCGGCGCUGGUUCAUCCUGACCGACACCUCGCUGGCAUACUACAAGUCCGAGGAGGAUGCCCAUCCCCGGGGGCGCAUUUUCCUGGACCAGGUGAAGGAGGUCCGUCUCUUGGACACCACCUCGCAGUCGGCCCUGGCCGCGGCACAGUUCACCAAGGCAGUGACCAUGCGCCCGGCGGCCGGGCCGGCCGCCGCGGCCUCCUCCUCGGCCACGGCCGAUGCCUUGACCGCCGCGCGAUUGCACUCGGCCACCAGCCAGACCGUGCUCCAUGGCGACGAGGAGGACCACCCCCCCGACAUGGGGCCCACGGUGCAGCCUGGCAAGUGCCCCACUUCGGAGGCUGGCCAUUCACCGGGCCUCGCUGCCAGGCUGGCGGAAGCCGACCCCGGGAUCUACCCCACUCGGGUGGCCACGCGCGGGCCGGAAUUCCCGGCCGAGCGCUCGGCGUCCGGGGCCGGGCCUUCCCCGGCCGACGGCGACCGGGCUGCCAUCGGUGCAGGCCCCGGCGCCCUGCCACCUCCGCCGGUGGCAUUGCCAUGCUCCACUUCAUCUGUGCUCAUGUCCAAGCAGCAGCAGCAGCAACUCCAUGGAUUGACCUCGGCAGCCACCGGCGAGGUGCUCUUCUCGCCUGCCGACGCCGCCGGCGGCCCGGGCGCGGUUCCCACCGCCCCCGCCUCCGGCGGGCCGCUCUCGCUGGCUCUCUUUUCGUCGCACACCCUGCCUGCGCGCAUGCCCCAAGCAACGUCGGUUGUGGGCCCCGGGCCGCCGGGCCCGGGCGCCGGCUCGGCCGCCAACCCCGGCACGAGCCCUGCCUCGGGCACUGGCUUGCCGCCCGGCACGCCGUCCUCCUCGUCCUCGCACUUGUGCUGGUUCGAGAUUGUCACCAUCGAUCGGACAUACAUGAUGGCCAGCGACUCGCCGGCCGACCGGACAGCCUGGGUGUCCGAGCUCCGGCAGGCAGUCCUGUCGGCCGGGCGCCCGGGACCGAUGCUGCCCAGCUCGAUGGCCCCUGCGGCCGGCGGUGCUCCGGCCCCAACGGCGGCCAUCGGGUUUGCUCUGCUUUCUGGCGGAUCGCCAGCCGCCAGAUCCGGGCUCCAGACCCCCGGCAGCUCGGCCUCGGUCCUGCUCAUGUCCUCGGCCUUGCAGCUGUCGGCUAGCAUGACUUCCGGCGCGCGGUCCAUCCAGCGCCCGGCCCAUCCCCCGGCUGCCUGUCUGUCCGACGGCGAGGGCCAUGAUCACGACGAGGACAAUGAGGGCGACAAUGAUGAGGCGAAUCCCACCGAUGAGGAUGGCGAGCAUGGCCCAGGCCAGGAUAGGGGGUCAGAUGGCGCGGGCGCCGUCUGCCUUCUCGCCUCGGCGUCUGCGGCGUCGGGUUCGCUGGGGCUCGGCCGGCCGGUGAAGCCGCCGGUUUCGGCCCCGGAUGCCGGCCUGACGGCCAGCGCUCUGGACCCCCACUCGCCGGACAUGGUGGUGGCGGCGGCGAACUUGGCCUCCAUGGCCGAGGCGGCCGGGCUGCCGGCCAACGCGCCGAACUAUGUUUCGCUGGAUGCCGGGGCCAUCCACGCGGCAUUGGAUGCCCUUCGCCCCCGGGCGUCGGCCCCGGCCUUUGAGGGGUACCUCACCUGCCUGCAUCAGGGCCGGACGAUGCGGGCGCAUUUUGUCCUGCGGAAUUUGAUCCUCUACCAGUUCUCCUCGCCCAAGGUGGCGGCGGCCUACUUCCGGGAGACUGGCGAUACCCCCGGGGCAUCGGACCCGGCGCUGGCCGCGCGGCCGGUCCUCUUCGGCCCGGCCAGCAGCUGGGCCCGGCCCGAUCGGGCCAUCGGCCUGAACCAGGUGGCCUCGGUGCGCACGCUGCCCACCCUGCGGCUGAAUUUCACCCUCAUGCUGCAGGCGGCCGGGGCCCCGGAAACCGGGGGGCUCCCCUCACGGGCGUCUCUUCACCCGGCCGGGUAUUUCCAAUUCAUCGCCGACCGCGAGAGUGACAUGCAGCAGUGGCUGAUCCAGCUGACCCGGGCGGCGCAGCUUUUCCGCCCGCUGCUGGUGCCGGACGUCGGGGUGUUCGGCUCGCUGGCCACCGAUGCCGUGGCCGGCUGGCUCUGUCUGGAGGGCCCGGCCCCGGGGCUCGACCAGGGCGGCGAUCUGACCAUGGACAUCGUGCAUGGGCUCAAUGCGCUGGCUCUGCAGCCGGCCGGCCCUGGCCCGGGCGCCGGUGCGACCGGUCGCUGGCGCAAUGUGUGGGCCGUCCUGCGCGGGCGCUUCCUCCUGCUCUUCCCCUCGCCGGCCGAGGAGGGGAACGAACAUUUGGCCCGCGGGCUGAUCCCGCUGGACCAGGGCACUCGCGUGCAUCUGCUGCCCGGGCUGCAGGCAUUCUGCAUCGAGAGCGAUCUGGCCGCGCUGCUGCCCUACCGGGGUCAAUUUGUGCCGGGGUCGCCCUCGGGACCGGUGGCCGCGCGGUCGGCGGUCCGGCAUCGGGGCUUCGAUGGUGCCCCUGCCGCCGGGCCGGACGCCUCGUCCGAGGGCCGUGUGUUCUACCUGUUCAUGGCCCGGUGCGAUUCGCAUGCGGCCAAUUGGCACACGCUUCUGGAAUCCGGGGCCCGAGCAGCCUGGCCAUCGGACGAGCCGCCACAGGCCGGCAGUCCCGCCGACCCCGAAGCGCUGCCCGCCUCGGAGCCCGUCACCACCAGCCCCCAGGUCAGUGAGGACUUCGGCUUGACACCGGAGCUGAUCAACCUCCUGACCGGUGGGGCCACCAGCGAGUUGGGCAGCAAUCCCCACAGGCAGUCAUUCAAUGACAGCUUGGCCACGCCGGGCAGCUCGCCCUCCACCUCGCCGGUGGACUGGCUGCCCCGGGCACUGAACGACGAUCCCGCCAGUGGCGACUCACAUGGCCACCACCCGGCGGAGCCGCUGGCUCUCCUCCCUCCUGGUGCCGGGCUGACGCUGAGCAUGGACUUCCCCCCGGCGGCGGCCGACCCGCUGGUCUAUUCGGACUUCCUGGUGACCGCGCACUCGGUCUUUGCCGAUCCGCGCACCCUGUCCAUGUGGCGGCCGCGCUGGUUCACUCUCCGGGACAACGUCCUAUCCUACUUCCGGACUCCGGCCUCCAGCCAGCCCCUUCUCCGGCUGAACCUCGCGCUGCCCGGCACGAAUGUCGGCCUGGCCACCGAGUUCCCUGAGAUGGCCAACGUCAUCCGCCGGCUGCGGGCUUCGCAAACCCUGCUCCAGGCACACCUGAACCCGCUGGAGUGUGCCUUCUUCAUUACGGCUCCCCCGCGGAAGCACUUCUUCGCCCUGUGCAGCUCGCCGGAGGAUGCUCAGAUCUGGGUGACCCGGAUCCAGGCGUGCAUGGAGAUUGCCAGGUCUCGGCGCCAGCGUCAAUCGAUGGCGCCCCAACCUGGGCGCCCCCUCGGCGGCGGCGGCACUGGUGGCCGGUCAGCCGUACGAGCAUCUCGCCGCCUGGACUUCCCCCACUCCGGCACCGACUACGAUUACUACUCCAAGAGCGGUGUGGACCCCGGGGACUCGACUGACAGUGGGCAAUUUUCCUACGACGAGGAGGAGGAGGAUUAGUGGCUGGAACUUAGCUUCUCCCUUCGUGCUGUGCUGGUCCUGUGUUGCCUUCCA